AUGCACCGUUUAGGUCUCGUUAAUUCUUAUAAUCAUCGAUAUGAUAAUAAUGAUAAUAAUAAUAAUAAUAUUAAUGUAAAUUCUAAUAAUAAUAUUACCAGUUCAUUAACAACAUCAUCAUACUCAAUUUCGCCUCAAAAACUGAUUAGUAAAAAUGAACCACCAAUAUUUCAGGUCACAAAUCAUCAUCGUUAUGUUCAUUAUCGUCCAUCCUCAAUGAUGCUUUUUACUCUAAUGGAUAGUGCAGAAUUAAAACAAGAUGAUUUAAAAUUGAAAAUAAUGAACGAUAAUUGUGAUGAGUCUGAAAAAGGUAUUCAUCUGCAACUAGCAGCUGAAUUAGGAAGAUGUUUAUUGGAAAGAAAUCAAGAAUUACAAAAUUGUAUUAAAACAUUACAACAACAAAUAGAAGACAAAGAUUGUGAAAUUAAGUUACUUGAUAAACAACUUGAAUCAACGCGUGAACAAUUACAAAUUAAAUAUCAAUAUGCUGAACAUUUGGAUCAACAAAAUUUUGAAUUUGAAAAACAAUUAAUGAUUGAACAACGUGAAAGUGAACAAAAUCGUCAGAAAAUCAAACAGUUGACUGAUUUAUAUGAAAAAAUCCGUAAACAGUAUAUGGAUAUUGAACAAGAUUAUGAAUGUUUUCGACGGCAACAAUUAGCGAAUAACUUUAAUAAACAAUACAAAUCCUCACUAUCAUCAUCUCUAAAUAUUUCAAAAUCAAACGGUGUAAAACGUUAUUCGAGUGUUGAUACAUUUUUUAAUAACAACAAAUUUUCAAUAAAAAGAAUUAAUGAUUAUUCAUUCACAACUCAUCUACCGUUCUCUUCGAAUGACUCAUCGUCUAUUCGUUGUCGUUGGUGUUUAACAUUGGAUUCAGCAAUUAAAAAUCGUUUUUCUGAAUUUAAAAAUAAAUUGACUCUAUUGACAAAUGAAAAUAAUGAACUAAACGAAAAAGUAUGUUUAUAUGAAUAUAAUAAUCAUAUAUUACUUGAACGUUUGAAAACAGUUAAUAUUACAAGACAAUUAAAAGAUGAAAAUGAUCAAUUACAGCAAGAAUUAAUAGAAUGUAGAAAAUUAUUACGAAUGAAAGAUAGUUCAAGUAGUCAAUCAGCCGAUGAAAAUAAUGAUGAUAAAUCAUUCAUCGAAGAAUAUUCAGCACCAACUAUCUAUAAUAAUAAUAAUAAUAAUGUGUCAUUAUAUGAUGAGGUUACUGGUCAAUUUAAUAUAAUAACUAGAAAAUAUGAUGAUUUAAUACGAGAAAAAUCGAAUGAACGUAACGAUAUUGGUAUUCAAGUAUCAAUAGCAGAAAAUAAGCAAUAUACAAAUACUAAAACGUAUGAAGUAACGAAUUAUCGAAAUUUAUUUCAAAAUAUCUAUGAUAAAUUGAAAAUUAAUCAAGAACAAACAAUAUUAUUAGUUUAA